AGCCAUGCUCGAUAGCUUCAAACCAGUCGCAUGCUCCAUAGACCUCCAAGACGGCCAGCAUCGCCCGUUGGCUCACAGGCAAGGAUGGGGAUUCGAGAUUAGGUCUGGGCGGCUCAGCCGCGUGGCCGCGUGGAGGUGUGGCUCGGCCAUGACGAACUUCCAGCAGUGCCUGAUGACCAUGGCCCUCUGCACGUUGACCGCACUGGUGACGCGGAUGUCGGUGGUGUGCCCGCCGUCGGAUCUUCGCGUGGCAGACACCCUGCGCGCGCACCGCGCGGACCGCGGGGACGGCUCGCAUGGGGAUGGCCUGCAGGGCGCGGAAGCCGUGCAGGAGCACGCGGAGGGCGUCGAGGCCGCGGAUGCGCACGGGGACAGCACAGAGGCCGCGGAUGUGCACGCGGAUGGCACGGAGGGCGCAGAGGGUGCGGAUGGAACGGACGCUGCCGCUGACGGGGCCUACGCAGGCUAUGGCGAGACCAAGCCAAGGAAGCCACGGCAGGUCUACAUGGACCUGGGCACCAACUGGGCCAACACCCUGCGCCUCUACCGGGACAUGACGCGCCGGCCCGGAGCCUGGGAGGUCUACGGCUUUGAGGCGAAUCCCUACAUCCAGCCCUAUGUGGACCACUUCGUGCGGUACCUCAACGGCGCAGGGCCCAAGCCCGUGCUCGCCCUGCCCCCCGCCGGGUCCAACAAGAAGCUCAGGACCUAUGGGGAGAUCUUUGGGUGCCGGGGUGACCGCGUCAAGGAGUGCAUGAUGGAGAAGUUCAAAACGAGCCUCGAGCAGCUCUACGUGAACGCCUCCCUGCAGAGCCCCCAGCUCAUCGCGCAACGCCUCGGCGAGGCGGGGGAGCCCUACGCGCCGCCGCCGGCGCAGCUGGAGGCGGCGCGGUUCACCUUCGUGCCGGCGGCGGUGGGGGCCGCCAACUCCUCGCUGGAGGUGGACCUGGUGGCGGCGAAGGACGCGCUGAUGCGCGGGGGCGGGGUGAGAGCCUCCAAGACGCAGACGCAGCACGUCAUGAUCAUCGACUUCCCCACGUGGCUUGAGCUGAACUUCGACGCGGAGGACUUUGUGGUGAUCAAGAUGGACGUGGAGGGGGCCGAGCACCAAAUCCUUCCGAGGCUCAUGCAGCGGGGCAAGCUGGGCCUCAUCGACAUCCUCAUGUUCGAGUGCCAUCGGUUGGCGGGCACCGACUGCAAGAAGCUCUCGGCGGACAUCAGGUCGGCUCAUCCCAAGUUGAAGGUGAUGCAGGAGGCGCACGGCUACAAGGAGGUGGACUCCUUCUCCACGCCCGAGCGCUACCACCCGCCAUUGCCCAUUCGCUUCAAACGACCCCGGCAGCGCCGAAACGGGCGAUAGGCCCGGAGAUGAGGUGCUUCGCUUGGAAGGGAAGCAGCAGCAGCCCUCCAGUGGUCAGCGCUGUUGCCCCGGGGCCAGCUCUCAGAUUGGGAAGCAAGGAACCCGAGCGGAUCCGGCACCCGGCACGGAUGGAUGUUGGGUUGUUCUGCGCGCGGGAAUUCAGGAGUCGCCAUCAAAGGGCUCACUUGCCAUGGGCACAGCCAGCCCAACCCGAUCUGCAGAAAAGAUCCCAGACGGUCCUUGGGCAGGCAAGAAGCCAAUCGGGCGUAGCGUAGGCCAAUGCCGCCAACGCCAAAGCUGCCCUCGUGUGCAAAACCUGGAAGAAUGGGUUUGGGGUUUGUCGG